CCCUGGAAGGUGAGGAUGGGAGCUGGGGGAACCCUGCUGUGGUUAGUGGGGGCUGCAUGGGCCGUGCUGGCUCUGGGACUUGGUUCCCACCUGAAAGGGAAGGACAGCCUUGAGAGACCUCAGCACCAGGUGCAGCAUGGGCCCUGCAGCUACACCUUCCUGCUCCCAGAGCUUGGGGGCUGUUACCCCUCCGCCGCCGAAUACCAGGUCUCCAACUCGCUGCAGAGAGAUGCUCCGCCCGUGCCUGAGCCCAAGUGGCCAGCCAAGCGGCUCCAACAGCUGGAGAACGUCAUGGAAAACAACACACAGUGGCUGCAGAAGCUGGAGAGCUACAUCCAGGAGAAUGUGAAAAUGGAGCUCGCCGAGAUCCAGUUCCACACGGUGCAGAACCACACAGCUGCCAUACUGGAGAUCGGGAGCAGCCUCCUGAGCCAGACGGCUGAGCAGACCCGCAAGCUCACCGACGUGGAGACGCAGGUUCUCAAUCAGACCUCAAGGCUGGAGAUCCAGCUGCUGGAGAACUCUCUGUCCACUAACAAGCUGGAGAAACAGCUGCUGCUGCAGACCCAGGAAAUAAACAAGCUCCAGGAGAAGAACAGCUUUCUGGAGAAGAAAGUCCUGGACGUGGAAGGCAAACACGAGGAGGAGCUGCAAGGGAUCAAAGCCGAGAAGCUGGAGAUGCAGAGCCUGCUGUCCAAGCAAACCCAGCUCAUCCGGGAACUGGAGCAGCACCUCGCCACAGCCUCAGCCAACAACACGGUGCUGCAGAGACAGCAGGCGUCUCUCAUGGACACAGUGCACCAGCUCCUGAGCCUGGUCUCUCAGUGCAACCAAAUCUCCCCGGCCCCGCAGGGGGAGCAGAAGGUGUUCCGGGACUGCGGGGGCGUGUACAAAUCGGGCCUCACUGCCAGCGGAGUCUACACCCUGCGCUUCCCCAACUCCACAGCCACCACCAGGGCAUUCUGCGACAUGGAGACCAGCGGGGGAGGCUGGACUGUCAUCCAGCACCGGAAAGACGGCUCCGUGGACUUCCACCGCACCUGGAAGGAAUACAAACACGGCUUUGGGUCCCCAUCUGGAGAACACUGGCUGGGAAAUGACUUCAUCCACCGGCUCACUGCUCAGGGCUCCUAUUCCCUCCGAAUCCAGCUCCGGGACUGGGACAGCAACGAGGCCUAUUCCCUGUACGGGCAUUUCCACCUGGGCAGCGAGGAGCAGCUCUAUCGGUGA